UGCAACAGGAAGCGUUAUUGCGCGCUGUCCCUCUACCCAGCGCGCGCGCCAGGAGACGGUGGGCAUGUUGGCACCGCUGGCCCCGAGUGCGGCCACAUCCUAGACGCCAGCUUGUCCCCGCCAGGGGUCCGGCGCCCGCAUGCCCGGGACCGCGGCCAGGGAUGGCCUCUGCCUCCUGGCCGCCUACCUGGAAGAGCUGGAGGCCGCGGAGCUGAAGAAGUUCAAGUUGUACCUGGGGGUGGCGACGGAGGUGGGGGAGGACAGGAUCCCCCGGGGGCGCAUGGAGACGGCGGGGCCCCUGGAGAUGGCCCAGCUGCUGGUGGCCCAUCGCGGGGUCCGGGAGGCCUGGCUGCUGGCCCUGAGCAUCUUCGAGCGGAUCCACCGGAGGGACCUGUGGGAGCGAGGACGCAGGGAGGACCUGGUGAGGGAUACUCCACCCGCUGGCCCGUGCUCCCUGGGGAGCCAGUCCGCAUGCUCACCGGAAGUCUUUGCUGGAACUCCGAGAAAAGAUCCCCGGGAAACCUACCGGGACCACGUCCGCAGGAAGUUCCGGCUGAUGGAGGACCGCAACGCGCGCCUGGGCGAGUGCGUCAACUUCAGCCACCGCUACACGCGGCUGCUCCUGGUGAAGGAACACUCCACCCCGCUGCGGGCCCAGCAGAAGCUGCUGGACAUGGGCCGGGCGCACGCCAGGGCCGGGGGCCACCAGGCCAGCCUCAUCCAGAUGGACACCCUGUUCGAGCCGGACGCCGAGCGGCCGGAGCCCCCCCGCACCGUGGUCCUGCAGGGCGCGGCGGGCAUGGGCAAGUCCAUGCUGGCCCACAAGGCCAUGCUGGACUGGGCCGACGGCCGGCUCUUCCAGGGCCGCUUCGACUACCUCUUCUACAUCAACUGCCGGGAGAUGAACCGCGGCGCCCCCGAGCGCAGCGCGCGGGACCUCCUCUCCGGCUGCUGGCCCGAGCCCAGCGCGCCCCUCGGGGAGCUGCUGCGCGUCCCCGAGCGCCUCCUGUUCAUCAUCGACGGCUUCGACGAGCUGCAGCCCUCCUUCCACGACCCCCGCGGCCCCUGGUGCGUGGGCUGGGAGGAGAAGCGGCCCCCGGAGCUGCUGCUCAGCAGCCUGAUCCACAAGAAGCUGCUGCCCGAGGCGUCUCUGCUCAUCACCACCAGGCCCACGGCGCUGGAGAAGCUGCACCGGCUGCUCGAGCAUCCCCGGCACGUGGAGAUCCUGGGCUUCUCGGAGGCCGAGAGGAAGGAGUACUUCCACAAGUACUUCCAGGACGCCGAGCAGGCCCGCCACGUCUUCAGCUGCGUGCGGGACAACGAGCCGCUGUUCACGCUGUGCUUCGUGCCGCUGGUGUGCUGGGUGGUGUGCACCUGCCUCAAGCAGCAGCUGGAGGGCGGGGGGCUCCGGAGACAGGCCACCCGGACCACCACGGCCGUGUACCUGCUCUACCUGCUGAGCCUGAUGCAGCCCCGGCCCGGGUCCCCCACGCUCCGGCGCCCACCCAACCAGACGGGACUGUGCUCCCUGGCGGCCGACGGCCUCUGGAGCCAGAAGAUCCUCUUCGAGGAGCAGGACCUGCGGAGACACGGCCUGGACGGGGCGGACGUCUCCUCCUUCCUCAACAUGAACAUCUUCCAGAAGGACAUCAACUGCGAGAAGUUCUACAGCUUCAUCCACCUGAGCUUCCAGGAAUUCUUCGCCGCCGUGUACUACGUCCUGGACGGGGCGGACCGGGCGGCCGGCCCCGAGCGGAGCCUGGCCCGGCUGCUGGCCGAGUACGGGCUGUCGGAGAGGAGCGCCCUGGCGCUCACCGUCCGCUUCCUGUUCGGGCUCCUGAACGAGGAGGCCAGGAGCUACCUGGAGGAGACGCUGGGCUGGAAGGUCUCGCCGCGCGUCCAGGCGGAGCUGCUGGAGUGGAUCCGGGGCAAGGCGCUGAGCGAGGGCUCCACGCUGCAGCAGGGCGCCCUGGAGCUGCUCAGCUGCCUCUAUGAGAUCCAGGAGGAGGCGUUCAUCCGGCGGGCCCUGAGCCACUUCCAGGUGGUGGUGGUCAGCGACAUGGCCACCAAGAUGGAGCACGCAGUCUCCGCCUUCUGCCUGAAGCACUGCGCCAACGCCCUGGUGCUGCACCUGCACGGGGCCGCCUACCGGGCGGACGAGGAGGAGGAGGAGGAGGAGGUGAAAGGUCCCAGGUUCAUUCCUUCACGCAGCCCCGAGAGGAACGUUUUGCCCGAUGCCUACAGCGACCAGCUGGCCACCGCUCUGAGCACCAACCCGAACCUGAUAGAGCUGGCUUUGUACCACAACGCCCUGGGGAGCCAGGGGGUGAAGCUGCUGUGUCAAGGGCUCAGACACCCCAACUGCAAACUUCAGAAUCUGAGGCUGAAGAGGUGCCGGGUGCCCAGCGCCGCCUGCCAGGACCUGGCCGCCGCGCUGGCCGCCAACAAGAACUUGAUGAGGAUGGACCUGAGCAGCAACGCCCUGGGGCUGCCCGGCGUGAGGCUGCUCUGCGAGGGGCUGCGGCACCCCAAGUGCAGGCUGCAGAUGCUCCAGUUGCGGAAGUGCCAGCUGGAGGCGGGGGCUGGCCAGGAGGUGGCCUCGGUGCUCAGCUCCAACCGCCACCUGGUGGAGCUGGACCUGACGGACAACGCGCUGGAGGACGCGGGGCUGCGGCUGCUGUGCGAGGGCCUGAGGCACCCGGUCUGCAGGCUGCAGACCCUGUGGUUAAAGAUCUGUCACCUCACUGCUGCAGCCUGUGAAGACCUGGCCUCCACCCUCCCUGUGAACCAGAGCCUGAUGGAGCUGGACCUCGGCCUGAACGACCUGGGGGACCCCGGGGUGCUGCUGCUGUGUGAGGGCCUCAGGCACCCCCAGUGCAAACUCCAGACCCUCCGGCUCGGCAUCUGCCGGCUCAGCGCCGCGGCCUGCGAGGGCCUGGCCGCCGUGCUCCAGUCCAACCGCCACCUCCGGGAGCUGGACCUGAGUUUCAACGACCUGGGCGACCGGGGCAUGUGGUGGCUGUGUGAGGGGCUGCAGCACCCCACCUGCAGGCUCCAGAAGCUGUGGCUGGACAGCUGCGGCCUCACAGCCAAAUCCUGUGAGGAUCUCUCCUCCACCCUGGGGGUCAACCAGACGCUGACCGAGCUCUACCUGACCAACAACGCGCUGGGCAACACGGGCGUCCGGCGGCUGUGCAAGCGGCUGAGGCAUCCCGGCUGCAAACUGCGGGUCCUGUGGUUGUUCGGCGUGAACCUGAGCACAGUCACCCACAGAGAGCUGGCGGCCCUCCGCUGGACCAAGCCUUCCCUGGACAUCGGCUGCUGACCGCCCCUGCCCUGCCUCUGACCCUGCCGCUGCCGCCGCUGCAGGAGGCAGGCCAUCCAUCUGGCCGCGCUCCUCCAAAAGGCCAGACUGU